UCACCAAGUGCAUGCAUAAAUGUUUCUCUAAUUAAUUAAUUAGUUAUUCGACGCCCGACAAGACGAACGAACCUUUUGAAACUCUAACCGAUAUGGGAGGAGCUGACUGGGGCCCGGUGGCGGUUGCGGUGGUGCUGUUCGUAGUGUUGUCGCCGGGGCUUCUCUUUCAGCUGCCGGCGAGGAGGAGAGUGUUGGAGUGCGGCAACAUGACCACAAGCGGCAUCUCCAUAUUGGUUCAUGCCAUUCUCUUCUUCGCUAUUAUCACCAUUUUGGUCAUCGCCAUUCAAAUUCACAUUCACAUCUAGCAUAUCUAUGUACCUCUUUAAUUAAUUACCUUGCUAUAUAAUUCGGUUUUUUUUGUUUUUCUUUC